AAAAAAGAGAGAAAAGCAAGACGCCAUAGCUUGGAGAUUAACUUCGCGAGCGCGCGCGCGGCUUCCAGGUUUCUUGGAGGAAGAGAGGUCUAGCCUAGGUUUAGUUCGAUCAAUUGCUCUCCAGUCUCUCCUCAGAGGCUAGGUUUCCAUUCCAUUCGUGUGAUCGAUCGAUCGAAAUAUUUUGGAGAGAUGGCAGAGGCCGAGGUUCCCGUAGGGACGGCGGAGGCGAAGGAAAUCCCCGAGGCGGAGCCGGAAGCAGUGGAUCCUCCUGCGGCCGGAGAGGAGAAAUCCAGCGGCGAGGGCGAGCAAGGCGCUGGCGAUGGCGAGGAUGCGUCGGCCAAGGGAGAGAAGCCGAAGAAAGGAAGGAAGAAAGGGAAGAAGGCCGCGGCCACUCCUCGGAAGAAGGCAGCGGCGAGCACAGCGGCCGCUAAGGCGCCAGUAGCGGCGAAGGCGAAGAGCAAUCCCAAGCCGAGGGCGGCGAGAGCGCAAUCCACACAUCCGCCAUAUCUCGAGAUGAUAAUGGAGGCCAUCUCGACGCUCAAGGAGAGGGGUGGAUCCAGCCAGUACGCCAUCGCCAAGUUUCUCGAUGACAAUUACGAGCUCCCCCCGACUUACAAGAAGACGCUGCUCAUCCAGCUCCGGAACCUCACCGAGAAGGGCAAGCUCACGAAGAUCAAAGGCUCCUUCAAGGUUGGAUCGGGCGUUCCAAAGCCAGCUCCAGCGGAGGCAGCGCCAGCUCCCAAGCCGAAGGUCGCGGCCGCUGCCAAGAAGAAACCAUCCGAGACAAAGGAGAAGAAGGUGGCGAAGGUUAGUGGUGCUUCCAAGGCCAGGAAGCCCAAAGCUGUAGCUUCUCCGAGGAAGCAGCAGCCGAUGAGGAAAGGCAAAGCUGUAGCUUCCACCUCUUCCCCCACUCCGGCAUCCCUCAAGGCGAGCAAGGUGAUCAAGAAGAAACCAGUUGCGAAGAAGGCAGCUGCGGCGAAGUCAGUGACGAGAAGGGGAUCAUCGGCAGCAGCGGCGGCGGCGGCUUCAUCGUCGGAUCAGCCAGCGCUCGCCUCGACAGUGGCAUCCAAGAAGCGAGCAGCGUCGAGCUCCGCCGCCAAGAAGGUGGCCUCUCCCGCGAAGAAGCAGAAGGUUGCUGCUGCCAAAAAGGCCAAGACGAGCCCGGCCAAGGCCAAAUCUCCCGCGAAGAAGGUCGCGACGCGGGCAUCCAAAUCGAAAGCCGUGCCGGCAGCGGCCAAGGCGAAGAAGGCCGGCGCUCCGAAGAAGGUUGCAAAGAAAGUUGGAUCGCCCGCCAAGAAAGCUGCGAGGAAGGCAGCCAAGUAGGAGAUCAUCGAAGCGAUACGAUCAGUCGACGAUCCGAUAGAUACUCAACAUCAACUCUAGACAACACCAAAGAUGAAUCAACAACACCAACACUCCCAGCAUCAAUCAAUCAACCAAUCAAGCAGUCAUCCAUCCAGCGAAGAUCCAAACACGAGAUGGAACGAAAAAGUGGAAGGUGGUCCGGCUUUUGUCUCGUUCUCUUCAUUUCUGGCUUGCUUUUCUUCUGUUCUUUCUUUUUUUCUUCUUGUAGCUGCUGCUGCGGUGGCUCGACGUACUACCGGGGAGUUUUAGAGGACUGGAUUGCAAUCCAAAUUAUCCAAUCCAUCCCUGGACUCCUCAGGGGUACUAUACAUAUGAAAGAGAGAUUAAGAAACCAUGUACACUUAGCAGCAUUGUGUGUAAAAUUAAUUACCACGAUUGGAAUUCCUUAUACUUC